AAGGGCCCUUAGCAGAGUGAGCACGCCUACGUGGCAGUUUGGCCGCAUUGGCGAUCUUUCCUCUCUUGUACUACUCUACUGGUACCAAAAACCCUCGUUGCCUCGCCUCCUCGCCGUCCGGCCCACCCACCACCCCGGCGGCGGCGGCGGCCAUGGAUUACCGGGCGCUCAUGACGAUGGAGAAGGUCCUUGUUCAGAUGGAGAAGGACGGCGUGGACUCGCGGAUGCUGGACCUCGGCGCCGACUGCAUGUGCAAACUCCUCGUGGCAUCCCUCCCCGACCCGCCCGUCUACCCCGACGCCGUCCUCUCGGCCAACGACGACGACGACUUGUCCGGCGCCGGCGCCGAGGACCGCAUCGGCGCGCUCCCCGACGACCUCCUCGGCGGCGUCGUCUCCCGCCUCCCUAUCAAGGACGCCGUGCGCACCGCCGCGCUGUCUUCACGGUGGCGCCGCAUCUGGCUCUCCGCGCCGCUCGUCCUCGUCGACGGCCACCUCCUCCCGCCGGGCGAGGAGGCGGGCCAACUCGCGCUCGACGCCAGCGGCGCCGUCGCCGCCGCGGUGUCGCGCGUCCUCGAGGCCCACCCGGGCCCCUUCCGCUACGUCGAGCUCACCUCCACCGCCAUGGGGGCUCGCGCUCGCCGCGGCGACCUCGCGCGCUGGCUCCACCUCCUCGCCGUCAAGGGCGUCCGCGAGCUCGUCUUCGUGAACCGCCGCAGGCCCUUGGACGUCGCCCUCCCCGCCACGGUGUUCGCCCUCGCGCCCCUCAGCCGCCUCUACCUCGGCACCUGGAAGUUCCCGGACACCGCCGCCCUCCCGCGCGGCGCCGGCUUCCCCCACCUCCGGGAGCUCGGCCUCUACUGCGUCGCCAUGGAGGACCGGGACCUCGACUUCGUCCUCGCCAACAGCCCCGUCCUGGAGUGCCUCGGCAUCUACUACAGCCAGAGGCAGAUUGUGCUCCUCCGCCUCGCCAGCCACAGCCUGCGGUGCGUGCAGAUCUGCAUGUGCAUCGCGGAGGACAUCGCCGUGGUGGACGCCCCGCGCCUGGAGCGGCUAUUGAUUUGGGAGAUGUUUGAGGAUGACAACCAUGCCACCAGAUUGAGCAUUGGCCAUGCCCCCAAUCUACAGUUGCUGGGAUACUUGAGGCCAGGAAUACAUGUCCUGGAGAACGGCAACACCAUCAUCAAGGCUGGGACAAAGGCGAGCCCAAGAACCAUCAUCCCAAGCAUCAAUGUAUUGGCCUUGAAGGUGCGUUUUGAAGUCCGCAAUGAAGCCAAGUUGCUGCCUAGCUUCCUGAGAUGCUUUCCCAAUGUCGAGAAGCUGCACGUCAAGUCCGAGAAAUCAGAUGAACCGGUUGGCAGGCUCAACCUCAAGUUCUGGCAGGAGGCUGGUCGCAUAGAAUGCUUGCAAUCGUGCAUCAAGUAUGUGGUUUUCCAUGGGUACCGAGGGGAUCGUAGCGAGCUCACCUUCCUGAAGUACAUCCUGGGAAGUGGACAGGUGCUGCAGGAGAUGGUGAUCGUGGUCGCGAAUGGAAUGUUCUCCACACAGGAUGAGGUGGGCGAGAAACUGGUGAAGCCUCUGAGUUCUGUCAAGAUGGCCAGUGGAGACUGUAAUAUAACGGUCGUUGAGGGCACAGUUCAUGAUGAAGAAGAUUCUUGUUGCCUCCGUGAUGCGUUUGAUUUUUCUAUCGAUGACCCCUUUGAUCGCUACUUAUAGGGAACUCAAUGCUGCCUGUGUUUGAUCGUCAAGUGGUUUCUGCAUUGUGCACCCUAAUUUGAUUGUGCAGAUACCUGCCAGUCAGAUAUUAUAUGAUUCAUGCAGUCACUCUGAUAAUCUCUGUAUGUUUUCUUCUACUGCGUGUGCA